AUGGCUGUGGCUCCUGCUGCUACUUUCUUCGUGAACUUCAUCGCCAAGCCUGUGGCCCCACCUUCGGCUGCCCUCACUCCUGCCGUGGAGGCCAGGGCUGGGGCUGCGGCCAACCCCUUUCUCAAAGGCUUCAACCCUCUGAAGUUCAUCCCGGCCAGCCUGGGAAACCCUGUGGAGCAUCUCGUGGAGGGCUCCAGGCAGUGUGUGGCUGAGCUGGGCCCUGAGGCCAUGGGGGCCCUGAAGGCUCUGCUGGUAAUGUGA